AUGGCAGUGGUGGUCGUGGAGAAAGGAAACGCCAUCGCCAAGGUGGUGAUCCCGGACACGCUGAAGAAGAUCAGCGACGUCAGUGUCACCUAUGACCUGGUUGAGCUGGACGAGGAGGUAACCACCGAACAGGUGUGUUCCAAGAUCUUUGCUUCUGGCACGCCACCGCACCUGAUGAUCGACGCGGUGCGGACUCCUGGCAGCAGCAUCGACAAGCUGUCAACGGCCGUGCGCGAAACGGCGCGCAGGAUGCUCUUGCCCACGUUGAGCCUGACCUACGGCUGGCAUAACGACUACGCCCUCAGUGGCUGGAACAAGCUGUCGCCACUCGAGCAGCAGCUGCUCGUUCACGUGACGCCACCGGGGGACGCGUACACGCAGAUCAUCCGCUCCCUCUGCAAGGACAUGGAGCUAGGAACGGCCGGUAUCCUGUACGACAAGACUGUCAUCAUCGAUCACAAGUACGCCAGGCUACUGGAGAACGUCCCAACUCGGCACAUCAUGAGAGAAGUUGGCGACUCCUUCGAGGACUUCGAAAAGAAGGCGAAACUUGUCCACUCGACCGACGUAGCCAACUUCUUUGUCGUCGGCUCAGGUGCCACCCUCAGCAACGCCCUCAGACUCGCUCACGUCAAUAAGUGGAAUAAUUGGCAGUUUGCCUGGUUCCUCAUAACAAAGGACACAUUUGUUGCCAAAUGCGAGGAGUGCAUGAAUGUAACGGCUCUGGUGGCAACUCCGGAGAUUACCGACCCUGCACUGGAGACCCCGGCCCACAAGGACCGAGAGAACUACCCGUUUUCGUCCCGGCUGGACGUGGCGUUCUACAUCGACACGACGAAGAUGGCCGUCAAGGCGAUGAACGAGGAAAGGAAGGCUAGCCGAAUGCCGCCUGUCCUCGAGUUCCAGACUUGUUCUAACACGACCAUUCCGACGUCUUUCAUGGAGAAGCGUAAGGACAUCCAACUGGAGACCACCAUAAAAGAAAUGGCCUACGAAGGACCCUACGGGAAAUACGUGUUUACAGGCACCUCAAGUGGCUACCAGAAAAUAAAAAUGACCUUGAAAAAAGAGUCUGCAUCGAGGACUCCAUUUUCCCAGGUUUCCGAAUGGACAGACGAUGGAGACGGAAUGGGCACUCUCAGCGAAGCCGACAAGCUGAAACCUUUUGCCGCAGUGACUGUGUUUCGAAUCACGACUAUUGUGCAACCACCGUUUAUCGUGCGCAAAAACGCCAGCAACGGUGAGAACCAGUUCGAAGGCUACUGCAUCGACUUGAUUAACGCCAUCAAGGAGAUCCUUAAAUUCGAGUAUGUCAUCACUGAAGUGAAGGAUAAGAUGUUCGGGUCCAUUGACAAAAACACCAAACAGUGGAACGGGAUGAUCAGAGAACUCGUCGACAAGAACGCCGACAUCGCCCUGGGUCCCAUCUCAGUGAUGGCCGAGCGAGAAACGGUUGUGGACUUUACGGUGCCCUACUACGACCUCGUCGGCAUCUCCAUCCUCAUGAAGAAACCGGAAGUCAAGUCCUCCCUUUUCAAAUUCCUCACUGUGCUCGAGGGCAGUGUGUGGGGCUGCAUCCUCGCCGCAUACUUCUUCACAAGUUUCCUCAUGUACCUGUUCGACAGACUGAGUCCGUACAGCUACCGCAACAACAAAGAGAAGUACAAGGACGACGAGGAAAAGCGGGACUUCAACCUCAAAGAAUGCCUCUGGUUCUGCAUGACGUCACUUACCCCACAGGGCGGUGGCGAGGCACCUCGCAACUUGUCUGGGCGUCUGGUAGCUGCUACCUGGUGGCUCUUUGGCUUUAUCAUCAUCGCCUCUUACACGGCCAACUUGGCCGCCUUCUUGACCGUAUCCCGUCUGGACUCGCCCAUCGAGUCUCUGGACGACCUGGCAAAGCAAUACAAGAUCAAGUACGCUCCCCAGAAGGACACGUCCUCUAUGACCUACUUCGAACGAAUGGCCUACAUCGAGGAAAAGUUCUACGACAUCUGGAAGAACAUGUCGCUGGAUGACACUCUGAGCGACGAGGACCGGGCCAAACUGGCCGUCUGGGACUACCCGGUUAGCGACAAAUACACCAAGAUCUGGUGGACCAUGAAAGAAGCCAUGAUGCCUGAGGAAUUCGACGAAGGGGUCAGGAGAGUCAAGGCAUCCAAAGGCUCUCAGGAGGGUUUCGCCUUCAUCGCGGACUCAACCCAGGUGAAGUAUGCCACAAUGACCAACUGCGACCUCGUGUCGGUGGGCAGCGAGUUCAGCCGGAAGCCGCUAGCCCUCGCAGUUCAGCAGAACUCGCCCCUCAAGGACCAACUGUCCAGCGCAAUCCUCAAGUUACUGAACCAACGUCGUCUGGAGGGCCUUAAAGAGACGUGGUGGAACAAGAACCCAGCGAGGGUGACCUGCGAUGACAGCGAACGCCAGAGCGAUGGCAUCAGCAUCAGAAACAUCGGCGGCGUAUUCAUCGUGAUUUUUAUUGGCGUCGUGAUGGCUUGCAUCACGCUAGCCAUCGAGUAUUGCUACUACAAAAACCGGAAACCCAACGCCAAGGUCGUGGCAGUUAAGGAGUACCCUGGAAAGGAAUCCAUCAAGCAUUGA